AUGAGUCUGGCUCUCAUGACGCUCGCGUACGCGGUCGUUGCUGUGCCGGCAAGUACCCCGUCCGCGGAUCCAUCUGGAACGAUCACGGAUACCGUCAUUCCGGCAACAUUCACCGCGACGCGGAAGUACUUUGUGCUCACCGACGAACACCCUGGAAUGGUCGAAGUAACGUCCACCGUAACUUGGACCGUGACGGCGCUCCCAUCUUCUACGGGUGCUUGA